AUGCCCGAUCAGAAGAAAUACACCGACCCGCAACUCCGCGAAGAAAUCAAGGAGGAAAUCAAACAAAGCGACAAGGCAAUGGUCCGCUCGCAAGACAGGCCCAAUUCCUCGCGUCCGAAUACAAAACCCGCGGCGGGGACUACACCACGCCCAAGGAAACCGGGCAGGACGAGUCUCAAAAGUCGCUGGAGGAAUGGCAGACAGACCAAGGAAGGGUCGGGGACGGCGCGACAGGACGACGGGACGCGGAAGCGGUAUCUGCCCAAGAAGGCGUGGGAGGGGCUAGAUGAGGAGGAGAAGAAGGUGAAGGGGUCGAAGGAGGGGAAGCAGUUUGUGGGGAAUACGGCUGGGGCGAAGAGGAGGAGGGAGGAGGUUGGCAGGGGGGAUGAUGGUGAAAGGGAAGAGGAAGAGGAAGAUGAGGAGUAUGAGGAUGAAGAAGAGAAUGGUGACAAUGGACCCCUCGCCACAAUCCUCCGUCUGCAAGAUUGGCAUCAAUGGCUUCGGCCGUAUCGGUCUGUUGACAUCCCCGCCAACCUCAGUAGGAGUACUGACCCAUCAGGCCGAAACGUCCUCCGCGCAGCCCUGACCAGAACCGACCUCCAAAUCGUCGCCAUCAACCACACCUGCACCUCCGUCCAGGACCUCAUCUACCUCAUCCGCUACGACUCCUCCAUGGGCAACCUCCCCGACUCCAUCCCCAUCCACGCCCUCUCCGACACCCUCCUUACCAUCGACGGCCACCAAAUCGCCCUCACCUCCGAACGCGACCUCCAAAAGCUCAACUGGGCCGCCCUGGGCGCAGACUACGUCGUCGAAUGCACGGGCAAGUUCACCAAGCGCGCCCAGGCCCUCGAGCACAUCACCCACGCCCACGCCAAACGGGUCAUCAUCUCGGCCCCGAGCGCCGACUCCCCGACCUACGUGUACGGCGUCAACUCGGACGCCUACACGCCGGACGAGGCGCGCCGCGUGAUCUCCUGCGCCAGCUGCACGACCAACUGCGUGACCCCGGUGCUGAAGGUGCUGCAGCAGCACUUCGGGAUCGCGCAGGGGUUCCUGACGACGGUGCAUGCGGCGACGAGGUCGCAGCAGGUGUUGGACGGGUAUAGUAAGAAGAAUCGGCGAUUGGGCCGCAGUGUCUUCGACAAUAUCAUCCCCACCACCACCGGCGCCGCCAAAGCCAUUGCGACGGUGCUGCCCGAGUUGACCGGAAAGGUCACCGGCGUGUCUAUCCGGGUCCCAACCCCCAACGUCUCCAUGAUCGACUUGACCGUCAGCACGGAAAAGCCCACCUCGCUGGCCGAGAUCCUGGCCGUCUUCCGCCGCGCCGCGAAGUCGGAGCUCGCGGGGGUGCUGUCUGUGACGGACGAGGAGCUCGUCAGCAGUGAUUAUCUUGGGAACGCGCAUAGCGCCGUUGUCGAUGCGCCGGCGUGUUCGGAGUUGAAUCCUCAGUUUUUCAAGAUCAUGGCGUGGUACGAUAAUGAAUGGGGAUACUCGAAUCGGCUGCUGGAUUUGACGAAGCAUGUCGCUUUGCGGGAGCUGGAUGCAUGA